AAUACAAGUGCCCCAAAUGUAUCUCAAAGGGGAGAACGAGCCUGUUCGGGAAUGUCAGUACAAUCAGAUCUGCACGCGGACCUCGUCACCCAUGGAGACUCCGCACCAAAAGAGAAGGAAAGUCAAAAGGAAGUGGCAGGUUUUUCCCGGCCGAAAUAAGUUCUACUGCAAUGGGAGAAUCAUGAUGGCAAAACAGACAGGCGUGUUCUACCUCACCAUGGUACUCAUCCUGGUCACCAGUGGACUCUUCUUUGCCUUUGACUGUCCGUUCCUUGCCUCGAACUUGACACCGGCUAUUCCGGCGAUCGGAGGUGUUCUGUUCUUCUUUGUAAUGGGGAUGCUGCUAAGGGCCAGCUUCAGUGAUCCCGGGGUCCUGCCUCGUGCCACGCCAGAUGAGGCAGCCGACAUUGAGAGACAGAUAGAUGCAGCAAACGGGCCCAGUGGACCGGGGUACCGACCUCCCCCGAGAACCAGAGAGGUGGUCAUCAACGGCCAAACGGUUAAGCUCAAGUAUUGCUUCACCUGCAAGAUUUUCAGACCGCCACGUGCCUCUCAUUGCAGCCUGUGUGACAACUGCGUGGAACGUUUUGAUCACCAUUGCCCCUGGGUGGGUAACUGUGUGGGCAGGAGAAACUACCGCUUCUUCUACUUGUUCAUCGUCUCACUCUCCUUCCUCACGCUCUUCAUCUUCGCCUUCGUCAUAACACACGUCAUCCUGAGAUCCAACCGGACGGGCUUCCUCAGCGCUCUCAAAGACAGCCCAGCCAGUGUUCUAGAGGUGGUGGUGUGUUUUUUCUCCGUCUGGUCCAUUGUGGGUCUGUCUGGGUUCCACACCUACCUGAUCAGCUCUAAUCAGACGACCAAUGAGGAUAUAAAAGGGUCAUGGUCAAGGAAAAGAGGGAAAGACAAUUACAAUCCGUACAGCUACGGCAACAUCCUCACCAAUUGUUGUUCUGCUCUGUGUGGGCCGAUGCCACCGAGUUUGAUUGACAGACGAGGCUUCGUGGAACCAGACACUCCCCAGCCUGUCACUCACUCCAACGGCACCAGUGUGUACUCCUCUAACCCGGUCCACAGUCAUGUGUGUGACCAAGAUCAGUGCAUUCAGAGCACCAAAUUCGUUUUGCAGGCUGCCGCCACACCGCUCCUCCACAGCCAACCACAGGUCAUCCUGACUGGGGCGGGGGCCCCCACGUUACCCGAGGGUAAGCUCUCUCUGGGGGGCCCCUGUACGUCCGUCGGCCCCGGUCAGCCGUCGCUCCCGUCCUCCAUCCCCAGCCUGACGUGCGCCGGCGAGCUGCUCGCCCUGCGCGACACGGACGCCCACUGUCGCCACCACCACUUCAUCAGCCCCGAGGAGACGCCCUCGCCCCCCGCCCACCCGCCUCCGCCCAUCCCCUGCGCCGCGCACGCCGCUCACGUCCACCCCGCCCAGCUGUACGACCCGGCCAGCCAGGACUCGCUCCACGAGGACUCGGUGAGGGGACUGGUCAAACUCAGCUCCGUGUGA